UAGCGGUCCAAGAUCCUUCCGUUCUGAAAUUUCAUAAAUGUUUGCAUCAUCUCUCCAGCUGUUUUUCUAGUCCUUUACAGAGCUCUUUCGCCCAAUGUAUAGGUCGCAAUUUCCAGAGAAAACAUGUCUGUGAGGGUGGUUCUUACGCUGUACAAGUGUGUCGGUGGCCCUUUGUGCAGAACUCGGACCGUAACAGCAUACCACAGUAUCAGAGCACCACAAGCACUGGCUAUACGACAUGCGGCAACAAAAUCUGAUGUUGAGGAAAACAUAAAAAAGUUCAGGGAUGGAGAUUACAAUACAAUACCUGACCCUGAAAAGUUGGCUCAUUUCAGGGUUUCAGAUGGGGGAAAACAAAUUGACACACAAGCCAUUGAGAAACUGCCGAUGGGUACUCACACGCUGCCACACCCAAUUUGGUCUGAAAAAGAGUUGACUAGUGUGAAGAUAACCCAUAAAGAACCAGAAGGCUUUGUAGACAAGGCAGCCUAUUCUGCGGUCAAGAUGUUGAGAUUUGGGUUUGAUGUCUUCUCAGGUUUCAAGUUAGGAAAGAGAAACGAGAGGAAAUGGCUGAUGCGUAUUUGCUUCCUGGAGACUGUGGCCGGGGUACCUGGCAUGGUGGCAGCCAUGACACGGCAUCUCCAUUCUCUCAGAAGGCUACGGAGAGAUUAUGGUUGGAUUCACACUCUCCUCGAGGAAGCAGAAAAUGAGCGGAUGCAUCUGAUGACAGCCAUGCAGUUGAAGAAACCGUCUCUUGUAUUUAGACUGUCUGUUGUGUUUGCUCAAGGUGUGUUUGUUACCAUGUUCAGUGCUGGCUACCUAAUCAGCCCCACCUUCUGUCAUCGCUUUGUUGGGUACCUGGAAGAAGAGGCAGUCAAAACCUACACAAAAUGCUUAGAGGACAUUGACAAUGGGCCAAUGACCCACUGGAAAACACACCCUGCACCGGAAUUGGCCGUCAGAUAUUGGCAGCUUGCGCCUGACAGCACCAUGAGGGAUGUAAUCUUAGCCAUUCGGGCAGACGAGGCACAUCACCGAACAGUUAACCAUACCUUGGCUUCAUUAAAGGAGGACGAUUAUAACCCUUACAAGCCUGGAAAAUAGCAGGCUUUUGUAUUUUGUGCACCUCAAAGUUAAUGAGACGUACUCACCAGCAGUGGACACCAGCAGUGCUAUUAGUUAAAUACCACUCCCACUCGAACGGUUAGCCUUCCAAAAACCAGGAGCGCCAGUGGUUUAUAUUGGCUACUGUUAUAUUGUGUGCUGGUUUAUCGGUCGUGCUAGACAGUGGAAUCUUUCUGUCAGUAUCUUUGCAAAUCAAGACGGUGAUAACUGCGGUACAAAUGCAAACACCAGCAUCCCUCUCUACCAUUAGCACAGUGACACCUUCCCUUCAAAACCAUGACAGGGACACAUUUCCAUAGGAUAAGGUCUGAUGAUUGGUUAGCAGAUGCAUCAUAUUCUAUUACUAUAAGCACACGAGGUGUUGCUUCAAUCUCAGCCUGGGAGAGGAAACCCACGAGCUUCCCUGCCUCUCGUAUAGUCGCUAAAUGAUCUUGCAUAAAGCAGUUGGAGAUCACUUGCCACACACCAGUAUGGCGUACAUACUGAGCUCGUUCAAUGGGUGAAAAUCUGUGCGUCACAGAUUGAAAACUCAGUUUCUUAACAAAGACCGAUGGUUAUCUUCUGGGAAUUUUCCCCAAUAAGUAAUUGUAAUUAGGAGAGUGAAACCUUCCCCUAAAAAAACAGUGAUCUAACACAAUUGAAAACAAAGCAAUUACACGUUCCCUUCUAGGUAGAACACAGAAAAUAUCCAUUAUAGUAUGAUUCGUCAAAUUAUCUGAAAGGAGAAAAUUGUACCUCACUGUAAAAAGCAAGAUUGCUUCUUUGUCGAUGUCUACCUGUUGACUAGCGCUGAAAUAUUGCCUGUGUGGCGUUAAGCCAUAAUCACUUAUUCAUUCUACCUGUUAACACUCAGCAAAAUAUAGCAAUGAGGCAUUGCUGAGUACAGUAAUUUCAAGCCUGAGACUCAAGACUGAGAUACUGUAGUAUCAAUAUUUAUUUAGUAUCAAUAUUUAUUUGAAGGUGGUAUUGGUGAUGUUGUCUGUCUAAUAUUGUGCCUGGUAUUGGUUUUGAUACAAAUUUCUAUUAGUUCAUUCAUCAUGAUUAUCGCAUAUUUUACGGACCUAUAAAGCCUCACUGGAACAAAAACACUCUCAUAAAUGUCCCUUUUCUCCACAUUUCUUGUGCUUUUUAGACUUUUUUGUAUGUUUUUGUAAGGUUUUGUUUGUGUAUGUCUGGAAACGUUUGUACGUUAUGAUAAUUGUUUGGUAUAAAUAUGGUUUGUCCUUAACAUUUACCUGUACUUGUUAUUUAACUUUGGUGCUUGUAAAUAUACCUGGGUAACAGUUUCCCUUAGCAUGUCAGGUUUAAGACAUAGUGAUACGGAAUCGUCUUUCAUUUCAACAAAACAUAUUUGUGGCUUUUGAAAAUAUGUCUGCAUGCAAUACAUAGCCUUUGUCUUCUUGAGAAAGAACGAUCAGAAGAAUAUGUAUUUUCUGGUUAUUAAUCAUUAACUGGUUUUAUGAGAGCGGAGAAUGUUUUUAAUUGGACAAACCUAAUAAAGUUGCACCCAGCGAUAUCUAAUUAUA